UAGCGAAUAGCGUGAUUUCUCGUGCAUUCUCGAGGAAGCCACAUCGUCGUCAAGUAGAUCCGCCAUAUUGGAUUAGCACUGGCACACAUGGAGGUUUUUUUAUUAAAAAGUGCUAAAGAUGUAGUUUGUUUAUAUUUCGUAGUUGUCUUAAUACUUAAUAUUCAGAAGAGGCAAUACCCAAUAGCGCACUACCUGUAACAACAGCUGCGUGACGAGGCUACGAAGUACGGGACAUUUGAUGAGGAAGACCAAGGUUUGGAUAUGGAAAAGGGAUCGGAAGCAGCAGACGAGAAGACCGCAAACAGCCAGACGAUUCUAUGCCAGUGCAACGACGAAGAUGGCGUAAAAAAGGAACAGCGACAAGGCAGAUCCCCGCGCCUGAAGAAGAGACUUCUGUUGACGGAGUUCAUUAGUUUUAUUGCUAUAGUAUUACCUAUUGUUUUGACAAUUUGGAGAUACGGAGAGUUAGCAGGUUACCCAAGCUACAUUCCGUCUUUGCCACAUCAACAUAUUCAAUACUGGGGAAUAUCGGUCGCCAUUCUCGUUCUGGGAAGUGCUGUGAUAUACUUUCCAAUAAAAUGGCUGACCUUCAAAUUUGCUUUCUUCCACGCCGCAAGAGUAGACCGAGGAUGGCGGCCUUCAAUCGUGAUCUAUCUGUUAGUCUGUGCUUUGCCUUGCCUAGUUGUCAACCUUAUUGGGACCAAGGUCAAGGUAGAGACGCCCAUUGAACUAGACACAAAAACCGCCAUCACAAUACAAAUCGUCGUAUUCAACCUGGUGGUGACAGAGUGGAUGGCAAGACUGAGAGAACGGGAAUUCAAUUUUGACGUCAUCACAGCGAUGGGAAACGACCUUUUCACUGCGUAUGACAUCGUAGAACUGUUUGUUCUGGCACAUGACCCCCUCGUGUUCCAAUCUAAUUGGGUGUAUGUGCUAUUUGCCCUUUCCUUUGUGUCUAUGCUCAAGUUCAUCCCCGUGCCACCAGAAUGCACGUGCGAACGUAUGGACGUUCCCCGAGCAAGAACUUAUAUAUUCUGUAAUCUCCUUCUCCAGGAUGGUCCGUUUCUCGUCGUUAGAAUGACAAUAAUGGUACACUUUGGCAUUAUUCACGAACAAAACUAUGAUAUUAGUGCACAAGACAUGAUCAGCGAUUUAAUCCACCCCAUAAAAAGUUUUACCUACGUCGUCAUGUAUUCCCUGCAGCUGCGGAUGCUUCAGCAUCGUCAGAUUAGUCCCGCAAAACAGGGAAUGACCUUGCAGGGGGAAAGUAAUGGCAUUGGGACAAUCGAAGUGGAGGAAUUAUAGCUAGGGAACUCUAGGGACGUUUGGUUAACAAGACUAUUCUUACAAAGUGGACUUUAUGCAAAAAAAAAAAAAAAAAAAAAAAAAAAAAAAAAAAAAAACGGGAUAUAUGAGUGCAUACUGGAAUCGACCUAACUACACGCAAUAGACCAAACAGACCAAAUAUGCCUACCCGGUAUAUCAGAUCAGCAUCUCACAAAUACUGAAAAUAUUUUUAAGUAGUUAAUUAUUUCAUAAUAUAGCAUGGUGCGUAUUUUACUAAACGUGCAUUGUAACCAUUGUAUGAAAACUAAAGGGUACGAACUACUCAGCAAAGCUGGAUAAUAUACAGACAUCUUCAGGUUUAUAGGGGCCUAUUCAAGGCAGCAAAGCGGACAAAUUGUUGUAAAGCAAAUUACUUACACUUUCACUAAUUACAGAAAACAAUUAAAGCGGAAUCAAAUGAGUAUAAAG